AUGAACGCUGAUGUAAAAGGCAACCAUGCAGCCUUUUUUCUUCGGAAACGUCAAUCAUUCAAAAAUGAAGUGACUAAUCACUACUGGAAAAAAUACUGGGUGAUUGCCAUCUUGAAAACCGUUCAUAAAUUGAAAGGACUUGAACCAUCUAUUCACCCCUUCUUUUCCACACAGCGAUUGGAAUAUGUCAAUGAAACGAGUUACAAACUCGAACGUGGAUUGAAAGAAAUUAAGUUUAAUGACAUCUACGACGAAUGGGUCAAGAUCUUGAGAGAAAGAGGAGUGUAUCAUCUCAUUUGGAACCAUGAGGACAUGGAUUUUGUAAAAUCUAUGAUUUCUGGAAGUGACACUACUAAAAUGCUAUUGGAGGAAAUUCUGUCAUUCAGAACAGAAUAA